CAACAUAAUCGCUCACCAUAUGGACGGUAAAGAUUAUAAAAACAAAUCAUUAGGGAGUUGUAAUAAUGUGAGUGUUAUACCGCGUAGACACAACAACAGUGUUCAAGUUGGCUUAUAUAAAUAUUGGUCUAGAGUAUGCCAUAUAGAUUCCCAUAAAACAAGACUGAGAAGUAACUUUUCUAUACACAGAGAGAGAAGAAAGAUAGAGAACGAGAGAUGAAGAAUGUUCAAGCUGAAUACCGUAAAGGACCGUGGACAGAACAAGAGGACAUCCUCUUGGUCAACUUUGUCCACAUGUUCGGAGAUCGAAGAUGGGAUUUUGUAGCGAAAGUUUCAGGUUUGAAGGUGGAGGGAGAAACAUAAGAAUAGGUAUAGGGCUUGUGUUUGGAAAAAUGGUUGGUCUUUGCAAAGGACCUUCCAUUAAAAGAUAUGACUUGGUUUUGGUUGUAGGUUUAAAUAGAACAGGAAAGAGUUGCAGGUUAAGGUGGGUUAAUUACCUACAUCCUGGUCUUAAACGUGGUAAGAUGACUCCUGAAGAAGAGCGUCUUGUCCUUGAGCUUCACGCCAAAUGGGGAAACAGGUGGUCGAAAAUAGCCCGGAAAUUACCGGGUCGUACCGAUAAUGAGAUAAAGAAUUAUUGGAGGACUCAUAUGAGGAAGAUAGCACAAGAGAAGAAGCGACCUAUGUCGCCAACUUCAUCAUCUUCAAACUUCUGCUCAUCAUCCAUGACCACCGCAACUACUCAAGACACUGGAGGAUCCAAAGGGAAAAUGAAUCAAGAAUGUGAAGACGGAUACUACUCUAUGGAUGACAUAUGGAGAGAGAUUGAUCAGUCUGGAGAAAGCAUUACCAAACCGGUGAAAGGCAUGUACUACUCAGAGCAAAGCUGCUACUUGAACUUCCCUCCUCUGGCUUCUCCAGCCUGGGAAAGCUCCUUGGAGUCAAUAUGGAACAUGGAUGCAGAUGAAAGUAAGAUGUCUUCUUUUGCCAUUGAUCAGUUUCCUCUCAGUUUCGAACAUGGUUCAUCGUGGUCAUCUUUAGUCUAGGAUUUGUAACAUUUUAAUGUUUAUAUGUGCAGCCUAUAUAUAUUAUCAAACGACUGUUGUAGUUUUCCAUGACUUACAUAAGCAAACACCACCCACUGUACUAAUAUCAUGUGUAGUCAUCAUCAUCAUCAUCCUAUA